AAGAGGGUGGUUGCCGUAGCGGAGUCCUCUGGCUGUGUGUGUGUGUCUGUGUCUGAGGAGGAGCCGCCGCCGGAGCCGCGGACGGUUUGCUGAGCCCGUUACUGCCUCUGGCCAAGACUCGCGCCGCCGUCAUGUCUCGCUACCUGCGCCCCCCCAACACGUCUCUGUUCGUCAGGAACGUGGCCGACGACACCAGGUCUGAAGAUUUACGGCGUGAAUUUGGUCGCUAUGGUCCUAUAGUCGAUGUGUAUGUUCCACUUGAUUUCUACACUCGUCGGCCAAGAGGAUUUGCUUAUGUUCAAUUUGAGGAUGUUCGUGAUGCUGAAGAUGCUUUACAUAAUUUGGACAGAAAAUGGAUUUGUGGACGUCAAAUCGAAAUACAGUUUGCACAGGGAGAUCGAAAGACACCAAAUCAAAUGAAAGCCAAGGAAGGGAGGAAUGUGUACAGUUCUUCGCGCUAUGAUGAUUAUGACAGAUACAGACGUUCUAGAAGCCGAAGUUAUGAAAGGAGGAGAUCAAGAAGUCGGUCUUUUGAUUACAACUAUAGAAGAUCUUAUAGUCCUAGAAACAGUAGACCGACUGGAAGACCACGGCGUAGCAGAAGCCAUUCCGACAAUGAUAGAUUCAAACACCGAAAUCGAUCUUUUUCAAGAUCUAAAUCCAAUUCAAGAUCACGGUCCAAGUCCCAGCCCAAGAAAGAAAUGAAGGCUAAAUCACGUUCUAGACCAAACUGCAGCUGGAAUACCCAGUACAGUUCUGCUUACUACACUUCAAGAAAGAUCUGAAAGCGGAAAAAGAACCAAAGAAGGGCAGUUCAAGCGACCAAAGGGUGGGUGGAAGGUGCUGCAGUAUGAAUACUGUACGAAUAUUUUGACUCUGGUCUGAAAAGAUAAAAGAAUUAUCGAAAACUACAUGGAAUAAUUGAAGUCCCUUCGAGUUUGAAAGUAAGCAUUUUAGGACAAAUAAAAGGAAAUUCAACUUUGUACUUGUGGAAACUAAUCCCUAAAUAUGAACAGGUUUAUAUUGAUUCAUGGGUAACAGGUCCAUAAUAAAUUAUUGGAAACUAGGAUGUCUGAAUAUCAAGGAAGACAGCCAUAGUCUCUUACAGUGCCUCUAUUGGUCUGUCUCAAACUGAAUUGGGUGGGAAAAGGUAUGGUCCAAUAUAAACUUUUUCUUGGUUAUCUCUUAAAAGUCAGUUCCAUUUAUGCCAUUAUUGGCACGUCUUGCCUUUGUUUAUUCUGGUGCCAGUGUUUUCUGCUUGUUUGGUUUGUUGCCAUCUGAGUUUAUUUACUUGUACCACAUGCAGUUUACAUCUUCUUUAACCACUCUCUUUCCCAGGUAAAUUCCAAUUAUACUUGACAUCCAACUGAGAGGGCCCAUCUCUUCUCACCUCUUUCAUAGUAUGUUCAGCAAAUAUUUAUUGAGCCCUUAUCAAGGGCAAAGCAUUGUACUGGAUAAUUGGGGAAAGAAUGGAUAAUAAUUCCUUUAUUCAAUAAAUGUCUACUGAGCACAAUCUAGUGAAUUGUUAUAAUAUGGCCUCGUUGUUUUGAGGUGUAUUAUAACAAUAUUUUACACCAUUCAUAUCCUAAUAUAAUUAUAAAGCCCAGUACACUAUCAAAGAUAAGUAAUUUUAUGGUUUUCAGCCUUUUACAAGUACCUAUUUGUUUGCAUCCCAUUAAUACAAAUAAUGAAAAAUGUUUUAAUUUGUAAUAAACUGAUUUAUUGUGUAGUGACUGUUAAUAUACUAGUUACUAAAUUGUUAACUCUGCCUCAAUCACACACAUAAGGAAGUAAUCCCAAAAAUAAAUAUUUAAUUUUGCAUUAGCUAUAAAGGAGAUCCUGGGUGCUAUAAUUAGAUUAUUUGGAGGCAGACAGCUGUUACCCCAGCUGAUUUAGUAUGUUCUGUAAUUGAAAAAAUGUUCACCAAAUUAUACUUUUAGUCAUUUACGUGUACAUCUUACAGGGGACAUGUUCUGUGUAUAGUGAAUAAAUACCUUUAUAGUGUCACAAAAUGUUUUGGAUUCCUUAGUUCCUUAUUAGGAUAUAAAGUUUGUCAUUGAUUCCCUCACAUUUAAUUUUCAUCUUGAAAUCUGGAAAUGGAAUUUAAGCCUUUAAAUUUAGAAGAAUUUUGAAAAUAUGGUAGACUAUAAAAGCCUGAAAGGAGGUCUAAAAUUGAGGUAUUUUUAUCCCUAUAGAAAAUUUUGUUUUAACUUGCCCAGGAACUUAAAUUUCAGGUUAGAGUCCAUAAAUUCUGACUUGAUUAUUUUUUGUUGGAAAAUGUUCUUAAAGCAGCUUUAUUUUCAAGGAGAUAAAAAGUGAUAAUGGAAUUUAGAGUUUGUUUCAAGUAAAGAUUACAGAUUUGAGUUCUUGUACCCUUACAUAAUUUUAUCAUUAGUGUUGAACAUUGAAUUGGUAAUUCUUAGAGGUGUCCUGUGUGAUCUUUCAAAACAGUAUCUGUGUAGUUCCUGCGUGUUUUUGUCCUCUACCUCCCUCUCCAUUUCCUUUUGAAUUGAUGGGUUCCAGGGAGUAGAAUUAAGUUGCAUAUUUGGUUGAGAUUUUUCCCUUUACAAAAAAAAAAUAAUAAUUAGUGGCCACAUAACCUCUCUUAUUUUACUAGUCUUUGAUUUUGUUUUGUUUAUAAGUAAUGACAGUACUGAAUAGCAUUUUAAAUGUGGUAAAACAAAAAACUCCAUGUGGUUUGGGCACCUGUUGAAUUACAGUGCAUUGUUAUAUGUGAUUGUUCCCAUAUAAUAUUUAAAAUUUAUCAAUAUCAUCAAGCACCUAAUUUGCCAAACCAUAUGUUUUUCAUAUACUGCUGCUUAACCCCAAAAACAUACCUGGAAAAUGAAUACUAUUCCCAUUUUGCAGGUGUGAAAAAGUUUGUCAAUUUACAGAAUACCUUCCAUGUGAUAUAAUUUUGCAUACCCUGCUUCAUUUCUCAAUUUUGUAAUCUAAUGGUAACUUUUAUAUAUUAGAUUGCUAUAUCUGACAGGCUCUGUGGGUCAGACUCAUCAUAGCCUGACUUUCCAGGUUCCAGUCUCAAAAGAGAUUUUUCAUUGUAUUUUAUUUUUCCAUGUUAUUGUUUACAAAGUCCCAGGAUUAUAUUUUGAAAUGGGAACGCUGUGACUUGAGCAAUAGUUUGGAAUAAAUUAAUGACAUCCUACUAAGUGGACCUUCGGGGCUUUUAGGAACCCCAGGUGUGAACAAUACUCAUUUUUUAAAUAGUGAUGACUUAAUAGGUGAAGUAAGCAACCUGUUUAUCUUCGGCUGUUGACAUCUGUAAGACAUUCUGCUAGUCCUGGAAAAGGUGCCUUCUGGGGUCUUUUCCUCUACCCGUUCUUCCAACAGUGUUGGUUAUCUUUAUGAUGUUCUGUGUAUUUGUAAAGCAGUUUCACCCUUGUGUUAAAAGAUGGAGUUUUUUUUUUCUUUUGGAAUAAAAAGUAAGGCAUGUAAAUUCAUUUCAUUGAUAACAGUAGUUUGUAAAGAAGUAAAAGGCCUUUGUAUCUAGUUUUUGCAGAUCACAUUUCUUUGAAUGCUGGAGAGUGAAAUAAUAAACUGGUCUAGGAGCCAACAAAUCUUGUUUUUUUUAGAUUUUGCUCUGCCUUACAGAUACAACUACCGUGGUAGACGUUCCCCUCAUUUGUUUUAAGAAGUUUUGGAGAUAUAUUCUCUUGGGUUUUAAGAAAUUGCCUAUGAGAAUUCAAAUAAAACACACUGGGGGAAACUUGCCUAAAACCCUUUAUCACCCUACUGCCACUUUAUGCUUCUUUGGGGGAAGAAACUACUUGGGAUUUAAAGGUAKGUUAUGGGCCUGAAUUCCAUUGAAACUUAAUGUACAUGCCCACUAUCAAAACAUAAGACAAACUGGAAUUAGAUGUAUUAAAAGGCCCACUGGAAGUAUAACUGAAUCUGUAAACUUGUUUUUUGGUUUUCACAUGAGCUUUGAUAUUGGUUUCAUGCCAGCACACUUUCUGAAGGUUAUCCACUAUUAGUAUUUUCUAACUAGCUCUAAUAAUAUGAAAUGUUCAUAUUAUCAUCGACUUUUUAUUCAGGUUCCCGCACAUUAUUGAGUCUGCUAACCCUAUUUGCAGUGCUGCAUCAGAGAACUUGGCAGUUCUUGGCACUAUUUUUCAUAGAAAUUAUGCACAAACAAAAAGAAAAUGAGUACCUUACUUACAAAUUUGUUUACAGCUGUGCCUUUACUGGGAUURUUCAACUAGUUUAUAGGUUGGGAGCCUGUCCAUUAGAAAGCCAAUUCAAAGGGUUCCUUCACAUACUUAAAAACACAUGGAUGGGUUCCUGCCAAUUUGAGCUCUUUUGUCCUAUUUUACUCUGGAAACUGAAAACAUAGAUCUAUUUUACUGGGCUUUCAAAACUUUUGCAUAGUUCCUGCAAGUACUGUUUUGGGGGCUUGAGUCCAACUAGCAAAAAUUGUGUAAUUGUCACACCAACAGUACAUUAGACUCUUCAAGUCAACAUUUCUAUCACAUUUCAGUUAUGUACAUUCUAAGAUUCAGCAGUCAUAACAGUUUUCAAGAUAAUAACGAGCCACUGGGGAGAAAAUUUUUAUUUUUUAAUUUCAUGUUUCAAAUUCGUAUCAUGUACAAUAAGUACUACAUAAAUUCUGCCUUUAGUAUAUUCAAUAUUUGACUUGGGCAAUAGUUCAUCUAAAUUCACUUAGUGAAAUAUAACAUAGCCUGUUAUAUUUAAAACAUCAAAGACGUGAAAUUAGAAAGUAGGGCAUUAUCAGGACUUUUUAAUUGACCCAUGUACUUUUCUAACUUGCUAUUAGGCUGUCAUAUUUAGCAUUUUUCCCUUAAGAUUGGUGAAAACGCGCCUAAAGGGGUGUUAUGCAAGAGAUUACAUCUUUUGCAUUAAGCGGUUUCCUGGGUUGUACUUACUAUGACCAAAAAAAAAAAAAAAGAAAUUAAACUCACUGGCACCAAA